AUGAUCUCUGGGGCCAUUCCAUCUUCUUUGUGCAAGUUGCGAUCACUGCGGUCAUUAGAUCUAUCAAGAAAUAACCUCAAUGGAUCAAUUACUGAUUUCCCAGUCAAUGAGUACAACACAAACAUGACAGAUCUGAGGAUUGUUAAUCUAAGCUUCAGAAACAACAACCUCUCUGGUGAAUUUCCUUCACUUCUCCAGAAAUGUCCACGACUCAUCUUUCUUGAUCCCGGACAUAAUCAAUUCUCUGGGGCUUUACCAGCAUGGAUUGGGGAGAAGCUAUCAUCUUUGUCAUUCUUACGACUGAGAUCCAAUAUGCUUUAUGGUCACAUUCCAAACAAGCUUACGGAGCUUGUUAAUCUUCAAUACUUGGACCUUGGCUACAAGAAUAUUUCAGGGAGCAUACCGAGAUCUAUUAUUAAUUGUACAGGCAUGACACAAACAAGAGAGAAUGAUGAUCUUCGGGAUGCAUUCACUUCUGGAGUAUAUUCUGCUGGCAAUGAACUAGUUGACUAUACUGAGAAUUUAACAGUACUCACGAAAGGUCAAGAGAGAUUAUAUACAGGAGAAAUCAUAUAUAUGGUGAAUCUUGAUUUAUCCUGUAAUAGUCUUAUGGGAGAGAUCACUGAAGAAAUCAGCGCUCUUGUAGCAUUGAAGAGCAUGAACUUAUCAUGGAACAACUUCAAUGGAAAAAUCCCUGAGAAUAUUGGCGCCUUAAUGCAGGUGGAGUCACUUGACCUAUCACACAAUGAUUUGUCCGGUGAAAUCCCUUCAAGCUUAUCGACUCUCACAUCAUUGAGUCACCUGAACCUGUCCUACUACAACCCGAGGGGGAAAAUACCUACUGGAAAUCAACUGCAAACACUCGAAGACCCGGCCUAUAUUUAUAUUGGCAACCCCGGCCUCUACGGUCCUCCUCUCUCUGUAAAUUGUUCGUCACAGCCCAAGCCAAUUCCAGGAGAAAACCACGGAGAUGCAAGCGAAGACUUGGUUUCGUUUUUCCUUGCCAUGGGCCCUGGAUAUGUGAUGGGUCUCUGGGUGGUCUUCUGUACCUUCUUGUUCAAGAGAAGAUGGAGAGUUUCGUGGUACUCGCUCUGUGACAGACUGUAUGAUUGGGUGUAUGUGCAAGUGGCUGUUACCUGGAGUUCCUUGAGAGGUAAAAUCAAUGGGUAG